CUUGCUCUUCUUCUUCUUGAAUUUCUCCUUUUAUCUCAGAAACAGAGUCACCAUGAUGUUAUCCAUGGCAGUUCAGCUUCAGCCCAACAUCAAUUUCUGUCUCAAUACCUCCAAUUUCCCUGCUCAGAACGCCACUUCAAAACCCUUUCAAGUUCUUUUUCCUGUGAAGCAAAGAACCACCGCCUCCUACUCCUUGUCUCCCUCUUCUUCGACCUCUUCCUGCAUUGCCCACUCGCAUUAUUUUUCUGGAUUUAAAUUCAGGCGCCAAAACUUUAGAAAUCUCGAAGUCUCUGCUCCAGCUGCGGCCACCGAAGCUGUAGAAGCUGCUUCAGAAUCGCCCGUCGUUGAUGAUUCCGACUCCGUGUCUUCUCCUGUUAAGGAGAAGCUUGGAGUCGUUGUGAAACCGAUGGAAAAGUCGAGGCUUGUGCUAAAGUUCAUAUGGAUGGAGAAGAACAUUGGCAUUGCACUUGAUCAGAUGAUUCCUGGUCAUGGUACUAUUCCUCUUAGUCCAUACUACUUCUGGCCUCGGAAAGAUGCAUGGGAAGAGCUCAAAGUUUUACUUGAGAGCAAACCCUGGAUUUCUCAAAAGCAGAUGAUUAUCCUUCUUAAUCAGGCAACUGAUAUCAUCAAUUUGUGGCAGCAGGGUGGUGGCAAUCUGGGUUGAGCUCAAAUGUAAAAAGUUUCAGGAAUUUUUUAUAGUUGUCUUAGAUUGUGACUAUUCUUGAAUCCUACGGCUGUUCUGCUGUUCUUUUUCGACUGUUAUGAAGUAAUAUUAUAAAUCAUUUAUCUUUUGUUGUAUAUUUUAUUAA